GCGGAAAGAAACGUCUUCAAAUGGACAUAUCCAUGGCAUCACUUAAAGAAUAAAAAUAAGAAAAGAAGAAUAGAAAAAGAAUGGCACCCCCAAACACAGACACCUACAACUUCACAUCAACGCCCAUCCUCCUCCUAAAGACCAAAUCCACCCCGCACGACGGCUACGAAGAGUUCUUCUCCGCGCGCGGCUACCACCCCAUUUUCGUCCCUGUCCUGGAACACCGCUUUAACACCCCGAGUCUAGACGAAGUCAAGAAGCUAUUCGUCUCUGGAUCGCUUAACCCGGGGCCGGAAAGAAAAUAUGGAGGACUGAUAUUCACGAGCCAGAGGGCUGUAGAGGGGUUUGCGAGAUUAGUCGUUGGUGAGAUUGGGGUCCCAAUCGCAACAGAAGCAUCUCGCUCUUUACUCCUCUACACCGUCGGGCCCGCAACAUCCCGGUCUCUGGGAACACUGAGAGAUUCCCACCUUCCCUACGCAGAGAUCCACGGCUCCAACGCAGGGAACGGGGAGAACCUGGCAAAAUUCAUCCUGGAGCAUUAUAACUCGCUAUACCACACUGAUAAUUAUGAUGGACACGGCGACGGGCACAGCGACAAACCUAAACCCAAACCCCCCCUCCUCUUUCUGGUAGGCGAGCAACGCCGCGACAUCAUACCUAAAACGCUCAUGAGCGAAUCACUACCUGAUUCUCAACGGAUAACAGUGCACGAACGCGUCGUGUACGAGACGGCUGUGAUGGAGUCGUUUGAGGAGCAGUUCCGGUCUGUCGUUGAUGCAGGACGGGGGUAUCUUCGUACCCAUACCGAUACCGAUCAGAAGAAAGUGAUGUGGGUUGUUGUGUUUUCGCCGACGGGGUGCGAUGCUAUGCUUCGGGUUCUUGAAUUGGGGCCUUCUACUACUACUUCUGCUUCUUCGAUAUCUGACCAGGGUGGUCGGCGGAGGGUUUUUGUGGCGACUAUUGGUCCUACGACGAGGGAUUAUCUUCGUUUGAAGUAUGGAGUUCAAGUGGAUGUUUGUGCCCAGAAACCUAGUCAGGAUGGGGUGGGAGCGGGAAUAGAGGAAUUUAUGCUGUCAAAGUCUAGGUCUUGAGGGUUGCUGCUUAUAUAUGUACCGGUUUGUGGACUGAAGAAGAACUCUCUGUUGGAUAUUGUUGCAUGAAGGAAGUGAUCAUUUAUAUAGAUACCCUAGUCAACAGAA